AUGGCUAUUCAGAGUCCAGAGUGUUACGUGCUGGAACAGACGAGAUUCUGUCCCAAGAAUCCACUGCCCUACAUAGUUUACCGAAAUGUUUUGACGCCUAACGUCACAGAACAAACCGCUUCGGAACUUUUGACCAAGCAUGGCGGAUGGGAACGAUUUGGCCCGGUCUGGGGUCCUGUGUCGAAAAGACACUUUCACCCCAACGUGCACGAGUGCUAUGCAAUUCUGAGUGGCACAUCAACUUUUCUGUUGGGGCUUGCCACGGGCGCUAGCGAAGCAGACGUUGAAGCCGCCCCGGAGGCUGCUGGGUGCAAGGGGGUUGACGCCAGGUCAACUAGGGGUUUACGCCUUCGGGUGUCUGCUGGAGAUGUCGUGGUACAGCCUGCAGGAACAGGUCACUCAUCUCUGGAUCGUGAUGGGAACUUCCGUUACAUCUCGCUUUUUGUUUCGGGAGCCCCACACUGGCGAAGCUCGAUAGGAAACACUCCAGUUGAUGAGGAAACCCGACGGGGAAUCAGCCAGAUUCCGCUACCUGAGUUUGAUCCAGUGUAUGGCAAAGACGGUGCUUUACAAAAGCUAUGGGGGUCAGCAUGA